AAAGAGAAUUAUCCUGUCACUCUGAUAUACUGUGUUGGUAUCAACUGGGUUGGAUAUGGAUAUGAGGUAGAGUAUAUGCAAACCAUAUUUAAACCUUCUUACCCACUGAUGCUAUUUUCUUCACAUUAUGACUUCUAGAACAGUCCUGUCAAGAAAUACCCAUUACAAUUAUAGUUUAUUAAAUUUAGUAUGGAACUAUUAAUAUCACUAGACUGUAAUAUUUAUCAUUUUAAAUCGAAUGCUAAUUAAAUCAAUACUACACAGGUAGCACAACGGAUACUUGGUGACGACAUGUUUGUAGGCAACAGAGAUGUUGAGAAUGCCAGAGUAGUAAUGUUUCAUUCAUCAGUUGGCAGAUACGACAAGACAAAGGAAAUUAUAUAUAAAAAUAUUUCAAAGCGACCGGAUGAAUCACCUCUCCGCGUUGUGAUUUCUACCAUUGCUCUGGGUAUGGGGGCAGACCUUAGACAUGUUACAACAGUUGUCCAUGCAGGACCACCACAAAACAUUGAAGCAUAUAUUCAGCAAAUUGGAAGGGCUGGCAGAAGUGGCAUUGAGGCAGAGGGUGUACUUUACUUUAACAAUUCUGACGUAGGUAACCCUACUGUAAAGAAAACUAUGAAAGAAUACUGCAGAAAUUUGACAGAGUGCCGUAGGAAAGUUCUGAACAGAUACUUUGGCUGCGAGGAUGAAACUGUUUCACACAACUGUUGUGACAUUUGCCAGCCAGAAUUGCAGCUGGUUUGGAAAUUCAUUGAAGUUCCAACUAGUAUUCAGAAGGCUGCUAUUCGGGAAAAAUUACUAAACCAUUUAUCAGAAUCAAAUUGUGUGAUUGAUACUCAUGUCAUAGAGAAAAUUGUGAAUGAAGCCCAUUUGUUUAGACAACCUAAUUCUCUUGUAUCGGACUUUGGUCUGAAUGUGGAGCUUUCGGAACAAAUUGCCAACAUUUUGGCUUCAAGUCUCUCCAUAUAGCAACAACUGUUCAUGUAUGAGGUACAUAUUUGAAUGUAGUAUGCUUUGACUAAAUUAAUUUCCAUUGCAGCUGUACUGUUUUUGGUUUAUUAGUUAGUUUGGUCACACGUUUUUCUGAUAUAGUGCAUUCACAUAAAUGAUGAUUACACAAUUGUUAAACCGUUAGGAAACCAUAUAUUUGAGAUCACAAAUAAAUUUUGGUAA